AUUAACUAUACUUUACAGUACCAUUUAUUUGUGAUAACUUGUAAAUACAUAAUGAGUACUGCCACGUUUUUGGGAACCCCUUUAUCUAAGUAUGAGAUCGAUGAUAUAGAGGUCGGACAUUCGUCGGAAAAGAUCCGUAAUUACUAUGAAGCAAAGGGUUUGCAACAUAAACACACCAGAGAGAGAAUCAGAAAAAACAAGCUAGAUACCUUGUAUACUGUGGACACUAAGGAAGGAUGGACUCCAAGUAGCUUCAAAUCUUCUAGGCUCAAUAGAGCAUCGUACAAAUUCCAAAGGAUUGAGUCAUUCAUAGACGAACAAGAUAAUGAAAUUUUGUCCAAAAGAGUUCUCAAUAGUAUCAAUCUGAAAGAUGCACAGCAAGAAUUAAAGAGGAUAAUCAAGAACAUUUUAAACAAUUAUGGCUAUCUUUCCAAGGUUUAUGGACCACAAUUACCAACGAACCUUAAAUCAAACGCAAAACAAUUUAGACAGUCGGGAGAUUUUAGAGGAAUAUCUGAAGCUCAACACAGAUUACGCGAGGAGAUUGCACUUAUUAAUGAAGACACAGAAGCUGAACAACCAGUUGAACAUACUGUUACCAAACUAAAAUGGAUAAAAUCGCAAUUUGUGGAACAAAACGUACAAACAUCCACGAAUCCAAAUGAACCAAAAGAUGAGAAAUAUAAGUGGAAGGAAGAGAUGAGACAUGUCUAUGAUCGGGACAUUGAUCUGGAAGACAUAAGAAAGUACUAUCAGGAGUACUAUGAUUUGAUAGUAAAACCAAUAGAACAAGCACAAGAGGAUAAUGCUCAGUCCCUACUUGAGAAAUAUACAAAAAUGGGAGAGUUUACAUCGCAAUCUACCGGGAUGGGUACAUAUGGUAGCCAUAGAGUAACAGAAACCUCUCGCCCAUUUGGGAGAGUGACACUGCCAUAUGAGUUUAACAACGAGUUGCUCACCAAAUUUAAAAUAAAGUCGAGAGAUAUAAAACCAGAGCCUAAAGCUACUGAAGUUUCUGAAAUUAAAGAGAAGACCGAAAACACCAUGAGCUUGCCAUUCCAACUCUUUACCAAAAUAUUUGGCGAUUCUGGCAGCUAGCGGAGACAAUUCUGUAAAUAAUC